AUGGCUAAGACAGUCUGUAUUGUUGGUGCUGGUCCCUCUGGACUUGUUGCAGCCAAGACCUUGUUACACAACACUGCCCCUGGCGAAUUCAAGGUCACUAUCUUUGAUGCUCAGAAAGAUAUUGGCGGCCUAUGGCCUACGUCCAAGACGGACAAUGGACGUCAAGUCCAUCCCUUCAUGUGGUCGAACCAAAGUAGACAUACGAUGCAGUUCAGUGAGCUUGCCUGGGAGGACCGCGACCCUCAGCUUCCGCAGGGUUGGAUGGUUGGAAAAUACCUUCAGAGAUACCUUGAACGCUUCUUGACGAACAACACCGAUUUUGAGCUUAAGCUUGGCACGCGCGUUGAAAGCGCACAGCGUCCGCAGGGAUCAGCUAAUGGCUGGGCCGUCAGUGUCAAGUCAGAGGCUGGCACCGAGACUAAGAACUUUGACUACCUCUUGGUGGCUUCUGGCUUCUUUGGCAAGCCCAUCAUACCCGAGAGUCUGAAAAAAGAGACUGAUAUCCCUGUCAUUCACAGCAGUCAUUACAGGGAUAUCGCGAAUCUUCUCGGUAAAGGCCGAUCUGGUGGUGGCAAGAUUCUUGUCGUCGGAGGACAAAUGUCUGGUGUUGAGAUCACAGGAACCAUCGGCGCGCAUCUUUCAUCGGAAACCAACUCGCCUGAGCAAUCAAAGGUCGUCGAUGUCGAGAAAUACAGUGUUCAUCAUGUCAUUCAGAGGCCGAUAUGGGUGUUUCCUCUCUACACAAGCCCCAAACCUACAAACAAAGCCGCGCCGUUUCUGCCUCUAGACUUCUCAUCUUACAACCUCAAUAACCGACCCAGACCUCUGACCAACACACAAGGGCAUAUCCCCGAAGAAACGGCAAAGACAGUGCAUAGCAUCUAUAAGGGCGUUCUUGGCACUGAUCAGUCUGAAUUCUCUCCUUUACUCAAGACCGAUGGCACAAAUGACAGCAAACAACCCUACCUCGCCGUCAGCGAAUGGUAUACCGAUUUUGUUCGAUCCGGAUUGAUUACAUUGUCAAAUGGCAAGGUCGAAGGUCUCGACGGCUCUACAGCAACAUUGUCCGAUGGUACGAAAAUCGAAAAUGUUGCAGCUGUAGUAGUAGCAACUGGGUUCGACCCUUCACCCUGCAUAAGCUAUCUCACAGACGACGUUCUCCAGACACUAAAUUUCUCCCCAAAGCAUAUCGAUCAGCCUAUUGCUCUAGCUUUCCACGGAACUCACCACCCAGAAGUCCCUGAUCUGGGCUUUGUUGGAUUCUACCGAUCACCAUACUGGGGUGUCAUGCAAAUGCAAGCUCGAUUCGUGGCAGCUUUAUGGUCCGACAGUGUGUCGCCAGGGCGUGAAUCGGAGGUUUUUAAGAACAAGCUUGCCGACGACGUUUCUAUCCAGCGAACCCUCGACCUGCGAAAUGACCCUCGUGUGUCACAAUUCCCAAUGGGAGACUACCCUUACCUCGUGAACGAGAUGGCAGAAGCACUUGGGUUAGAGAUUCGCGAGCCUCUUACGCCACCAGUUCCUAAUCUACCACACAACGACCUCCCGCUGGACAUGCUCACGCCAGCACGGUACUCAAACCCCAACGAUGAUCAAGAGUCGAAGGAUGCGGCAACAAAAUCGCUAGAGCAGACACGCAAAGAUGCGACUGACGGCCUUACAACUUCAAGAUUUGUGGCCCACGCUGUAUUCCGCAGCCUCCUCGGCACGUGGAAGCUGGAGCGCGAUCUCAUCAGCAAACUACCAUCUCACCCAAGUGGCCACUUCAGUGGUACCGCGCAAUUCCUCCUCCGCGAGAAAACAACCGAUGGUUUACGAUGUGCCGGAAACCCCAGCGAAGACUCUACGGACGGUGAAGGUCUGGGUAUGGAAUAUCUCUACAUUGAAGAAGGCGAGUUCAAGACAGCUCAAGGCUUUGGUUUCAAAGCCACACGUCGCUACGUCUGGCGCUACGAUGAGCUCAAGGACGUGCUGAGUGUAUGGUUUGCUAAGCCGGAGGAUCUAAAGCGUGCAGACUACCUCUUCCACGAGAUUGAGUUUGCAAAAACGACAGAGAAGGGAUGGGCGGCCAAGGCGGGGCAUUUGUGUAUUGACGAUUACUACGAUGUCAAGUACAACUUUGCGUUCCAGGCUGUGAACUUGAAGGAGUGGAUGAUUGAGUAUACGGUUAAGGGACCUAAGAAGGACUAUACCAUUACCGGAACUUAUACUCGAUAA